AUGGCCUCUGUCUCGUUAUCUGUCUCCCCCGUGACAGGGGAGCAGACUAUGCCCUCUGCCGACACCAUCCAGCAGUUUCAGGAGACCUUCUCCUUUGUGCGUCACGAACGAGAAGAUGUUCGCAAGAUGGCAAUUCAUGGCAUCGCCGAGCACAGCAAGGAGAACCGCGAUCUCUAUCUCUUUUUAGCCUCCGCGCAGUACGGCCCCAGCUGCACCGACGCCCUCCUCCAAUGUCUGCACCCGGGCGGCAAACUCGUGCUAGGUGACAUUCUGACAAUCCUUAUCAACUGCUCGGCUGACGGCAGCUGCGCCGAGAUGCUGGUGCAGCGCAAGGUGGUGCGCAAGGCAAUGCGGCUGCUGGAUGGGAUGGCGCGGAGUGAUCAGCCAGAGUCGUACGUGCGCAGCAUUUUGGAGCUGACGCUGAUGUUGCUGAACAACCUCACAGCCAGCCACGUGACCGCCAUUGACGACCUUUUGCAAAAAAAUGACGAGGACAUGCGUGGCUUCUACCUCGGAAAGCUGCAGGUGUACUACGAGCGCUUCGUGUCCGCCAUGGAGGCGGCAAGAAGUGUGGUGAAUGGGGAGGCAGCAGCCGAAGUCGGAGAGGAUGCAGCGAAGAAGACCGAUCAUGCAGCGAGCGAUGACGGUGAGGACUUGGCGAACCCGAAGCACACCUCGUUGCCCGCUACGUCACACCGAGACUUGAGUCGGUGGAUCCUUCACAUUCUGCUCAAUGUCACCCGCACCCUCGACGGUCAGGAGCUGUUGCUGGAAGACAGCGAGUGGCGCGGGACCUUGAGCAGCUCGCUCUCGUCACCGAACCCACGCCAUCGCUAUCUUGCCGCCCAGUGCUAUUGCAACUGCAGUUGCUCACCAAAGCCACUCUACAGCCUAAUCCUGAAGAGCGACGCGCUUGUGACAGCAGUGGAACGGCUGAACUGCAAGGAGCCAAUUGAGGAUAUUCAGAAGAGCCUGGCAGAGUUCAUCGCCAGCAUGCUCGAGUCAGAGGAUGGCAUGGCAAGACUGGAGAGUGUAAACGCGAAGAAAGUGCUCGCGGGGGCACUCGAUGUCUCGAAGGCCGCACACGCCGCGAAGGUGGCUGCUUCAGCUAGCUGCGUGGAGGUAGUCGAGGAGGAUGGCUCAUCUGUCGCAGCGACGCCAGCGGUCACGCUAGCACCCAGCGUGAGCGAGUUUCUCGAGCGGAGUGUGCUGCCUUAUCUGGACGACAUCAUGGACGCCUACAUUGCACCUGGUAGCGACGAGCUUGAUUGA